AGUGGAAUACGCUUCUCAUUUUAGUCAAUAAUGUUACAUAGCGCGGGGUUUUGGAUUAUGUAACUACCGUUGUAAGACUCAUGCUGUAACUUCCGAGCGAUAUGUGAGUUUCUUGUGAUAAAAAAUUAAAGUACACGCGGGACCUGCCGGCAAAUUUGAAAAUUUUGGAACUGGUGGAUAUUUUUUGGGAAUUUCUUUGAAUUGGACGCUCUAAAUUUUUUUCUGUUUUUAUUUUUAUUUGAAAGAAUUCAAGUCUUUUCGGUUUACUUUGUGUCAAAAUGAAGGUGCGGGUUUUUUAAGACGGAAAAUUAAGAAAAGCGGACAGUCGUAUCUGAUGAUAGGUGGGAGAUUUUUUGGAAAAGGAGUGCUUUGAGAAAAUGGGAAAGAAGGCCAGGAAAACUAGAUGGAGAACAUUGGAAAUUACCGAUGAACACAGCGACAGCGAAGAAUCACACAUUACCACAUCGACGAGGUUGCCGAAGACAUUUCAGCAGAAAUCGUACUACAACAAACUACCUUACUCUAGUCAGUCGACCCCGCGCCGAAAGUACCAACAUGAGAGUACCAAAUCCACCCGAAGCAGCAGUACGGCUAGCGAAAACAAAAUUACAUUUAAUGAAGAUGAGUAUACUAAAAUCACAACUCCUAGACAAGAUGUUCUAUUUAAGAAGGGUUACCUGAACAAGCCCAGAAACUACCAGACGCAGACGUCAACUGGUACUUCCACGACAUCAACGGGUAAUUCCACGGGAAACGGUACUCCCGAUCAUCAAUCAACAGAUUUAGAAUACGACUCGCAAUUCGUCUUCCCGAACGGUUUUGUAGAUCAAAAUGGAAUCUACUAUGUAAAUAGUUUUGAACCAUAUCCUUUAAUGUUAUACAAUCCUCCUACGUACUAUACGGAAUUUUCAAACUCGAAAUCAAAGAGAUACAGCACUGGUUCGUUGACGGAAUCAACAAGUCCGAACAAUGAAGAGGCUACCAGUCAAGAUUUAAGUGGUGGUGAAGCGUCGAACAAUGUGUCCGAUUACAGCGGAAAUCACAACGUAUACAACAUGGUCUAUCCUGGUUAUUAUGUUAAUGGAAUAUGUCCACCUCAAGAAAUUGAAGUACGCGAAUAUCCAACCGAUCAAACUCGAAAAAUUAAGAAACGCAGGCGUCGAAAGACCUCGAAAUCUCAAACAAAUAACCAAGACAGUACUGAAUGUAGCGAAGAUGAAGAUCCGGAACCUACACAACCCAAACCUGCAGAAAAACCUGCGAUAAAACCUGUAGAACCUACAGAAAAACCGUCAAAUAUAUCUGUAGAAGUAUCGAACGCAAACCCAGAACCAAAACCCGAUUCCAUAAAAAGUACAACGGAGGAAACGCCCAAAAUGAAUGGUCAUACAGAGGAAAAACCUAUACAAAUCGAAAAAACCGAUAAUGCAGAACCUGUAAUUAUUGUGAACGGGUCUCCUGAAGAAGUUAAAACUUGUACAGAGAACCUAAAAUCUACAAAGUACGAUUUGAAACCGGAUGCCGAAGAAUUUGUACCACGAGCCUUUAGAACGCCAGAAAUACCUCUAAGUCCAGUACAAUUCAUCAAAGUACCUCCAAACUUUAUGCCUAUACCGGUGGUGCCAUUCAACGGACAAAUCAGCCCAGCAUUUAUACCUCCAGGAGGCAUACCAAUCAACUUCCUACCUCCAGAUCCAAAGAUGUUUCCAAACUUUAUUAAUUUCGUUCCUACACCACCAAGAAAUGAAGAGACUAUGGAAAAGAACAAAGAAGCUAAAGAGGUUACAGCAAACGACCAAAAAACCUGUGUUAUCGAUAAUAAUACUGCCAAAGCCGAUAUUCCUGUGAAAACCGAAAAAGUAGUAGAGAAAAGUACUCCAGGAAAAACUAUCGAUAUUUACACAAUCGUCUCGAAACUGGAAGAAGCAGCAAAAGAACAAGAAGAAAAUGACGAAGAUAAAAGUAAAGUUACUGAUAUAGAACAAAGUACGAAGAAGAGAAUAUUUAAAAAUAACCAAAAAUACCGAUCUAAUUUUAAAAGAAACUACUAUAAUAGUCCCAGAAGUUCGCCUCAAAGGCAAAACGGUGAUAUAAGUAUCCACAACGGUUUCGACACUAACGAAAAUAAACAUAUCGCAAACGACAGCCGACUCGAAGAAAAGUCUGAUCCUAAAUUUAUAAGGGAGAGUCCCGAGAGGUUCAGGAAAAAUUGGAAAAACUACCAAAAUAAUAACAAUAAAUGGCAUCAAAACGGAACUCCUAGAAGUCCGAAAUAUAGCCAAAGGGUUCCAAUGAACGGAGAAUCGAGACAAAACUUAAAGCACGUAUCUGAAACAAUCAAAACGAUUGAAAAUCCUAAGAAAACUGAAUCUCCGAAUAAACCUCCACUCAUUUCACCGGCAAAAACAAACCAGCCGAAAAUUCCAGAUCAAUGGAUUUCUGUGUCUAGUCGAAAAAAACGGAAGAACAAAAACGCUGAAACUGAAACAGAAGACAACGAUUUUGUGGUUGAAGAUAAUAUUCCGAUAGAAGAGGAUAAAGACGAUCAAUUUCAGAGCUACGACGUAAAUUUGCUUGUUGAUGUUAUUCCUCCAAGUCGAAUAGAAGAGAUACCUUCAGCUCGAAUGGAAGAAACUCUAACGGUUGAAAUAAAUGAAGAGAAAAUUGGGGAAAUCAUUAGCAAUAUAGCACAAAUAGAAUCAAACAGUAUUCAGAACAACAGUCUAGUGCCAGAUAUUAGGUCUGUUACAGAUAUCGAAAGCGAAAUUAUCAAUAAAGAAGAAACAUUGCCGGAAGAAAUUCACAAAGUAUCUGCAGAAGUAGUAAUAGAAAAUGAAAUUACUUCUAUUACUACCGUGGUUACACCUGAGACUGAAACUAUUGAUAAUGUAGAUGAAGACGUUAAAAUGUUAAAGAAGAAAUCUAAGAAGAAUUCCCAAAAACCUCAACCCAAAAGAGUGAUAAUUACAGAUAUAGAUUUGUCUGAUAAAUGUGAGGAACCAAAAACACCAAUUAAAAAAGUUGUAAAGAAGGUUGAUAAAUCUAAAGAGGCUCCAGAAAUCAAAAUCGAAACAGUUGAACCUAUAGUGAUGAAACCAGUGCCUUCCGAUGAUACAGAUGAGAAGAAGAUAAAAAAGAAAAAGAAGAAAACCCCAAAGACUGUAGCUGAUUCAAGUUUGUCCAGUUCGACAACUACUUUAAGUGUGACUGAAGAUGCAUACGAUAUUUUAUUAGAUGCGAAUCUAUCGAUAGAGUCUGACAAAACGAAUGACGAGAUUUCAGUCGAGCUAGAUAAGAUGAUCCAGAAAGGAAUGUACAGUAACCUAGAGGGUAAAAUGAGAUCCCUCAAUAUUGCCGAGGAAGAUGGUUUCUUCAAGUCAGUGUUCAGUAAGAUACCGAUAAGUGGGAGAACAGAGGCCACAGGUUUUUUGAAAACGCCGGACUUUACCAAAAUUCCUCUGUACAAAGCGGACCCGGUAAGUGACGAACAAUUAUUAGAAAGUAAACAAACUAAUGAACCAUUACCUGCUUCAGAAUCGCCAGACGUUUUUCUAGACCUUCGCCACGAGAAGCCCGAUGACGCGCCCAAAGAACCGAAAAGUCUCUACCCCAUCACGGAGGCUGUGAAAGAGUGGAUGUGCCGAACUCGGGAAACCACACCUGAAGUCGAAAUUUUCAAAAGCCCGAUGACGAUAUACAAAGAGUUUUGCGAUAGUGACACUAACAGUGACACCGAAGUGUGCGCAAACUUACUGUCUAAUGAACUAAGUGCUAGUGCCGAUGACGAAGAAGAUGAGGUCACUCUCUUUACUACAGAAGAUGCCAAAUCCAGAGAGGGAAGCAGCGAAGAUCUUCUCGAAUACUGGGAAGAUUUGAAACCGGAAGAUACGCAGACGGAAACAGUAGGGAACGAGAAAGUUGAGAACGUGGACGAAGAACAAGGCUUGGAAGUUUAUGAAAGCAAAUAUGGAAAAAACGAAGAUUUCUUAAAUCUCCAAAAGGAAGUCAGGGAAAAAACGAAAACGACAUUUCCAAGACAUGGAAAUCUGCCUUACCGAGCUGUCUGUUGUAAUUUAAUGUGAUCUUUAACAGUUAUUGCUAAACGAGAAUAACAAGAUUAAUUUAUAAAACAAUGUAUUGUCAUUAUCAUCAGUUAUCUACGCAUUUUAUGCUCUUGGAUUUUUACUGUAGUUUUGCUGAUUUUGUAUAUUUUAUUUCUCCAUAUUACAUUUAAAAUUACCUAUAACGUAUAAAUAUCGGCGGUAUACUUAAAUUUUUUUACAUUAAGAUUAAAAAAGAAAAAUGUUAUAAGUAAAAUGUUUAAAAUUUAUGUUUUUCGAACAUUCUUCUGUUUGUCCAAUAUAAACCCAAACUUUUGAACACAUGAAUCCUUAAAAAAAUUUUGCCAAUUUGGAAAAAGUCAAAAUUACAAACAUAUUUGUACAUUUCUUCCAAUAUUCACGUUUAGCAACUAACUAGCGAUACCUAUUGCUACAUUAUUAGCACUCAAACUGUGUGUACUGUCUCCAGUAAGUUUUAUUUAAAAAUAUGUGUACAGUAUUUUGACCUACAUUAAAAUUUCUUUUCGCAAUAUAUGAAAAAGAUGUUAUAACCUAUGGUAGGUUGAUUUUGUUGCAGAAAUUUUUAUGAAUUUUCAGUUGUUUGCAAAAUUAUACUAGAAACGUGUAACCACUUCUGAAAUGUCAUAUAACCUACCCUUUUUCUUUGAUGUACUUGUAGUUACGGCAUUUCUAAAAUAUUUUAGAGUAUUUUAUAACAUUUUGUCAAUCCAUGAACUGGAUCUGUGAAUUUGAAAAUGCUGGUGAUAGAUAGUGGUGAUCAAUGAGUAAACAGAGGAACUGAGUGACUGAGUGAUUUUGAGAUGUGCAACAAGUAGGACGAACUAGUUGACCUGGUUGGCUUCUUCAACGACUUGUUAUCGCUUAUACAGACAUGCCAUUGCUUACUUUACUUAAAAAUUAUUUUAUAUUUUAAAGAAAAAAAUGCUGUAUGUUCUGGCACCUAUGAAAAUGUUGUGCUUUGUCAAUCUGCUAUAGUCUCUCAGUUGUAUCUGGUUAUCAGGGAUAGUGUUACUGAAAAAUCUUAUCAAUAAAAAAAUAUGUUUAAUCAAAAGUUUAAAAUAUAGGUUUUUCUUUGUCUUAAGAACUAACAACAAAAUCAACGACUAUCAUGGAGUUAAAUAUAUAAUAUUGUAGUAAUAUUCUAAAAUCACGUCAAUUUCUAUUGUGAGUUAAAACUUUUGUGUCACAAUUUUAUAUUGGUUUCCUUUUUGAGCAAUUUUCAAAAGAAUUUUGAUAACUCAACAAUAGAAAUAAGUCUGCGACUAAGAAUAUUACCAUUUCAUACUAUAUUUUUACAGAUAUAUCCGUAUAUCCUGAAGAUGGUUAUAUACCAGUUCAUUCUAGAUGCAAUAAAUAUUAUCAGGUACCAAAAUAUUUAUAAUACACGCUGACCAGUUAAGAAUUUUGUUAACAAAUACAUAUUUUAUUGUUACUGUAUAUUGUGAAUAACUACAAAUAGUAAAUUGCACUACAAAAAUGAGAGGGUUCGGUGUUGUUAAAGAUAUAAUAUCAAAGUAACUUAAGCUUGUUCCACACUACUAAUUUCUGUGACUUUGUAAAGUUCUUAGUUAAUAUUUUUUGUUUAAUAUGCAAUUUAAAUGUAAAACUCAUUAUAAUAGAUUAAAAUUAUGGUUUUUUCGAAGAAAAGUUCAUCGAAAACUAGUUUAUCAUUCACUGACAAGAAGAUGCCCAACUUAUAUUGUAUACGUCUAUAUAUCAAAUAUAUUUUAUAUUAUUAUUUGGGCUUAUAUUAUUCGGGACUAACUUCUCUAUAUAAUAACAGCCAACAUAAAGUUAAUCUACAAAGAAGUUAUUGGCAUAGAGCUUACCAAAACGUAAAUUCUUGAUUUGACAAUUGUAUUAAGAUCUUAAAUAUCAAAAGCUUCAUUGUCGACCUUGACGGAUUUUUACGUAUAUUUCAAUUAUACUUUAAACGCAACGUUUAUAUUAGACGUUGUACCUAUUUUUUUUAUUUUUAUAAUGACAGAUUUUUCCUAUCGAAAUGUAAAUUCUAGAUUCGACAACUGUUUUAAGAUUGAUAUCUGAAAUAUUACACACUUUAUUGUUGUGGCGAAUUUUGCCGCAUAUAUUUUAAUUAUAUUUUAAACAUGACGGUUACAUUAUUUAUUGAUUAUUUUAUCUUAUCUUCGAAAAGAUUAUUGAACGAACAACCUCCGACUUGAAUUUCAUUCAAACAUAAAUUCUAGAUUCGAUAAUUGUCUUAAGAUCUUAAACUUCCGAAACUUGAUUGUCGACUAUAGCGGAUUUAUACGUCUAUAUUUCAAAUAUGUUUUGGAUAAGAUGGUUAUUUCAGUCGUUGGAACUGUUCUUUCAUAGACAUUUUCUCUCAAAUAACAGUAGAUAUCAUAAAAAUUAAUUGGUUUAUACAUUGUAGACUUUUUAUAGAAAUGUAUCUUGUACCUAUAUAAAUAAAACAAUAAAUAUAAAAAAGAAAGAUAGGUAUUAAAUAUAAAAAAUAUAAAGAUCGAAAAAAAGUAUAUGUGGCAAAAGUGAAGUACACAAAAGAAGUUAAAAAUUGAAUAAGGAUAUACGUUGCGUUGGUGACCAUAAGAAUACAAGAAAAAAUGGAGGAAAGAACAAGAUAGUAAACACUGGAAUUGAAAAUAUAUUGAAUAACUCGGUGAGGGAGACACAGAGAUUAGUAAUGUGACACAUUGUGUUAUUUAUUUGUAUAUAUGAUUAUAACAAAUCCUGCUCAGGUACCUGUAACUUACAAAAAUUGAUCGACAGUCCCGAAAUGUUCAAUAAUACAAUUUAUUGAACUAAAACUAAAUGUAUGCUAAAAUAUAGGGUACGAUCGGAAAUUUCGUUUAUAUUUUAGAAAUAAUGUUAAGACGGAAAAUAUUGAUUUUUGAUGGCAUGUGCGCAAAUUUAGACAUCUACGUAGCAGCUGUUUAAACUAUUAUUAUCAAUAAUGCUAUUUAUUAUUAAUUAUAAAUUACGGUUUUACAUGUUUUUUUUCAAAAAAAUAUGCCGUUUGUUAUCUUUUAUCCAUAAUAUAUCGCAUGUCAUACGUCAUCUGUCAAAUCUCAUCCGUCAUUUAUUAUAAUUCAUCUGUCAAGUUAUUUUUUGAUAUUUUGGCAUACACUUAGUAAACCGACGACCAAAUCAAGACAUUGAUUGUACUUAAAUUAUAGAUUUCUCUGAGGCUGAAAAAAAAAUAUGUUUAAAAAUAUUGAAACAACUAAAAUCGUAAUAUGUAGACAGUCCAGUAAAAAAGUAAAAAUAUUUUUUGUAUAUAGUAGAUACUUUUGAUUUACUUUUAAGCAUUUUCACGUAUACGCAUUUUAUAAUUUUUUUUUUAAAUAAUAUUGGGCUGUACUAUGUUGAGAUUAGGUACUACAAAUUGUGAAAUUCUAAAUUCUUCCAAAUAUGUCCAUGCUAAGGACAAGAGUAUCUGUACGUUUAAAUUUUGUCCGUUGCUAUUUUAAAUGAUUAUUUUUAGGCAAAAUGUUACAAGAUAUGUAUAAUUACUUGACAUAUAGAACGAUCAAUAUAUGAUUCGGUUUAAAAAGGAAUAUAAAGCAAACAUGUGUGAAUAUGUAAAACUCCUGGCAAGUAUUUGUUGCUUUAUUAUUCUUUGUAUUUUGCCAAAUUUACAUGAUAAAUCAAUCUUUUGUGUAUCGAACAAAAGGUUGUGUUAAUAUUUGUGCUUGUUUAAAACGUGAGGGACUUUUUUAUGUGCGAUUUGUAAAGCUAAGUUUGCUUUUUUAUAACUAACUAGAUAUUUGCUUGCCAAAAUUGACCAUAUUUUAUUUGUAAUUUUUAUAUAAUUGAGCCAAUACUCGUUAGCUUAGUCUCCAUUAAGUCGCAAUUAGCAUACUCGGACGAAUUUGCUUUAUUUUCCUCUCUAAACCAUUGUCCCGCCAAAAAGUAAUAUACCUUAAGCAACAUUCAGCUACGCCAAAGAUAUUUACUUUUUUCGGGACACCCGGUAUAAUGAUGGCGACGAAGUGUUAUAGCAAUGAUUGGAAACGGUGCUCAAAAUGUUGUUGUUGUUAAGAUAUAUAGGUAAAUGUUUAUAUCGAAAAGGCCUACGUCAUUAAGGAGACUGAACGUUGCCAUAUUUUUGACGGGGCAGUCAAAAACCGAAACGAUGUAUACUUUUUGACAUGACCUCGUAUAGGCCGAUCACUCGAAAAGCUGUUGGAAGUAGAACGGGUUUUUAAUGCAAACAAUUAUUUUAAAUGUAAAAAAACGGUAAAACAUUAUUUCAGGGUAUCUAAAGAUAAAAUUUUCAAAUCACUCAAAACUAUAGAAGUAAACUAUAAAGAGAACAAAAAUAUACUAUUUUAUCUCCUAAAUACAUAAAAAAAAGUUCAAAAUAAACUAUAUAGCAUUUUCGAUUUGUUCCAGAUCAAUACCUCGACCUAACCUCACAAAUAAAACGGUGACGUCACGUUAUAAUUAUUGUGAUCACCAAAAAACAACUAACUAAAUAUUUUAUAGGCAAAAAUGGCACGCAUUUUUAAAUAUAAACCCUUUUUAUUGUAUUUUAUUCAGUUAUUGAGCUGUAUGCUACUAUCAACUAAUAUAUAACCAAAUAGUUGAUUUCGCAAUUGCUUUUUACAAAAAAACCCCCGUACUUCCUUCAACUGUAAAUAUGAGAUCUGGCUUAAUAACAAACUAUGUCAAGUAUAUGGUGCACGAUUUUUAUUGUAGGUACUUGUUUAAAACAUUGUUUUUUAUCGUUGAACUCGUUAUUGUUAUAAAAUGUAACGAAUAUAGGUGGGAAUUCACCUUUUAAAUAUAUAGCGGUGCCACCUCUGCAUAAUUUUAAGCGUUAAUUAAGUUUAUCGACUUUUUUGUUUUUUUUUUUUAUUUUGUUUUUAACUAUAGAAUAUAUCGAGCUCAGUUACAUGUUAUUUUGAGUAGAGUACGAUUUUACCAAUCUUACCUGUAUCGCCUGAAACAUAAAUUUUAAUGUAAAAUGUGCGUUUAGCGUCAAUUUAAAUCAUUUUAGGCUAAUCUUAUAGACGAGAAUUUUGCAAAUUUUAGUUUUUAGGGGUCUUUGUCUAUAUUAUUUUAUAGAUGCAGCUAUCGAAAUUAAGGUAGGGUUUCUUAUUUAUUGAAUCCACAGUUGACGUAAAACUAUCUGCAAACUGCAUAUUACUAACAAACAGAUCAAGAUGCAAAAUGAAAAACAAAAAGUUUAGAACAACACGCCAAAAUAUUGGAAGCAAUGUUAAAGAUAAAGACGUGAUGUAUUUCUAUCAAGAAUCGAAACAAGGAUUUAGCUGAAGGAAGAAGAGAAUUUAUUGGAACGAGUUUUAAAAAUAUUUUCUUGUGGCAUAUCUACGUAUAUUAUGUACUAUAUUCCAUGGGAGUAAACCACAAUUACAACUUAAAAUAGGUUAUAUUUGUCGUGUAGAGCCAGAUCAACCAUAUAAACAGAAAGAAAAAAUAAAAAAAGGAACUUUAAAUAAUUCGGUUAGAUGCCUUCAAAGUAAGAAGAAAUGGAGAAUAAUUACGAUAGGUCUUAGUAUGCUCAAAUUAGAUCCUCCACAUAAUUUGGACGAAAUGAAUGACGUUCACAAAAAUAUAAAUAAGAAGUUUAUCGAAGCCAGACUACAGGUUGCAAAUGAAAAAAGAUAUAAAAAAGACAAAAUAAUAAACAGCUAAUGAAGAAAAAAGCCUGCUACUAGUCGAAAAGAACUAAAAUACGAAAUCAAAAAAUGGAACGAGAACUUAAUAGAGCUAGUCAAAUAAAACAACACAGGCUCAAAGUAUCUGGACCAAUCCUGGGUAUUCAGAAAAUUAUCAAAAUUAAAGACACCAAUAAUAAGAUAGGGAAGGACAAAUAUAAAAUAUGAACACUUCCACAAACCCUUGCACAGCUCGCAAAGGCAGCCUAAUGUACCAACAAAAGAGAAUGUUAAAAGAAAAAUAGUAAAUAUGGGAGUACUACCAAAUACAAAUGAAUUCGAAAUAGAAAGAGCUAAAAAAUAAUGAAAUCAAGUGUACAAACUGUUUACCAGUAUUAUUAUUAAACAUGGAUCACUUACAAAAUGGAUAGGUAAUUAUCAAACGGUAAGAGAGGCUUGCUUUCGCAAAGGAUAUAGUACAUGAGACCGUCUGCUGACAAUGAUAGUCUUGUCUUCGUAGACUACGAAAAGCCGUUUGACUGUAACGAGAAGUGAGCCAUUGAUGCACCUAACCUAACCUAGAAAACGUCUUUAAAACUAAAAAUUGUUUAACAUAUGGCAUCAACGUUAAUGGCAACAAGUUAAACAACAUCCUGAUUAUAGAGAGCACAUUCGAGGAACUGCCAUCUGUGGUGGAAGAACUCGCAGACCUUUAAUACGUCGGCCUAAAAGCGAAUAUGACAAAAACAAAAACAAUGACAAACACAGAUGACCACAGACGUAUAACUAUAAAUGCCAAUAAGAUAAAUAAAAGUCCAAGAAUAUAUCUACCUAGGCCAAACUCCGAAACUUGACAAAGAGAACCAAAGUGCGAAAAUCAUUAGAAGAACAAGACACGUGUUGGCAGGAGUUGGAAAACUCAGUUGAAUACUUAAAAACCGCAUAUCUCAAUACUUGAAAAUCAAAGUGUUCAACCAGUGCAUCCUUCAUAUCAUGACAUAUGAAUGUCAAACUUGCACCCUAACCAAAGCAAAUAUGAACAAACUAGCCACAACAGAAAGGGCAAUGUUUAAUAUAGUCAUUUCCUUUAACCAGAUUAAUUUAGUAGGCUUUCCACUUGUAGUAUUCAGACAAUACUCAAUUGUAUUAAAACACAAUAGACUCAAACAAUUUACUUAAUUAGAGACAUAGAAAUGCAUUCCGUAGUUCAGUAAAACGGUAGCCUCUUGUUAAAACAAGAAAAAUGUAGUUGGUCGAACUUUGAGACAAUUUUUUACGCGUAGAAUGUUGUAUCAUGAACUAAUAGAUUCGAGUGCAAAACGUAGACUGAAGUUUCUUUACGCACUGAAACAAGUGCCGAACCUUUUGAAUAAUUAUAAGUUAGGAUAUUUUUGUACUAAUAGGUAACAAACGACAGUUGUAGACUGUUAGAACUAUUAAAGUUGUGAAAAAAAGGUAAAUACGGCAACAAACUUAAAAGUAGUUUAAAUUUGUUGGGCAUAUCGUAAUUAAAUAGAUCGUUUUAUUAUCUUAAAAGACAAACAAUAGCCUUUAAGUACUAAAAAACGCAAUUUCCGUAAAAUACAGGUUUCCAAAAUGUUCUACAGCAUCUUACUCAGAAAUUAAAUAUCUACAGUUUUAAAACUAAUUGAAAUGUGUAAUAAAAUAUUAAGCCUAUUUUGUACUUAAUACAUCGACGAUAAACUUAACAUUUGAUUUACCGAUCAAUAUUUACUUUUAUAAAGUUCUUUAAGCAUUCUUUUAUCUUCCUCCAAAUUAUCUAUGUUAAGAAGAACAUCGUCAUCGUGAAUAAUUCAAUCUGUCUUUAUCGAUGUUUAUUAUUACGUUACUUCGAAUGUUUCAAUCUGUCUCUAUCGUUGUUCAUUCUUAUGCUACUUCGAACGUUUUAUUCAAAUGCGCAUUAAUUCAUUUGAUUAAUGACAAUUAAUUAAUGACAAGUCAGGAAAAAACGAACUGUUCUUUGAAGACCUAGAACAAGGCUACAGAAGAACUCGUAGGAAUGACAAUAAAAUAGUACAAGGUACAUAAAUUACGAGAAUAUGACGAGGGCUCAAUGAUAUUAACAAUAACUGGGCUGCCCGAUUCUUCAAGUAAAAAAGCACUUAGCUAAAGCUAAAAAAAAUUUUCUUCAGCAUUUCCUUCAGUUCAUUCAUAAACCUCCGGAACCAUUGUAGUAGUUGUCAUGAUGUCAUAUUCAGAUUUGUCUCUGGUCAUUUCUAUUAACUCUUGUAAUGAUCUUUUGCAGAUUCUGGCAACCUGGUCAAAUCAUCUUAUUGCGGACCUUCGUCGUGGUCUUUGCUCUUUUACAUUCCCUUGAUCUACAUAAUUUCUGUUUUUUUGUCUCGUAAUAUCUCCAAAUUAUUUUAAUUGUGUUAUAAUUGAUCCAAUGCGUUUGUAACAUUUUUCUCUAGUAGAAUAUUACAGUGGCAUAUAAUAUCUUUUUUUUCAACUGUCUCAGUAUUCUGAUUCAGUAUUGGGAAUGUUCAAAAAAAUCUAACAAAAAGUAUUGAAAAUAUGUUAGGAUGUUUUAAGAGAAAAGCACUGAGGAGAAUUUACAGUUGGGUAAAUCAGAUAUCGUCAAACCUGGUGUACCUGUAAUCAGAUAUCGACAAACACGUAAAAAUAUAACGGCUCAUGUAGUGCAAAUUGAGCAAAAUGAUCCAGAAUGAAAAACGCCGCUGAUAGACUGAGUGAACAGAUGAAAAUAGGAACAAGAAUUCUUGUUAACUUCGACAAUAACGCAAGAAACAUAGAAAUACUAACAAUACGGAGGAAUGCGAUGGUUACGAUAAACUGGCCGAAAUUCUUUAGCUUGAUAUGUUUUUGUAAAUAUUUUAAAUGGAUCGCAAAUAUCUAUAAUCAAUUCUUCAGGCAUUUAGUGCCUUCGGGAAUUGUGCAAGUUCCACAGUGUUAAGUCCUUUUGACAAUCUACUGAAAUUACUAAAUACCUACUAUAUUAAGGGUUUUUCCCUUUCAUUGUAGUUUAACAUUGAAUUUGUUAUUUUAAUUUUACUUAUGACACUAGUCAUUUGUACUUGUAACUGUAAUUAACAAAUAUUUUCUUGUUUAUUUACAUUUACUCGAUUUAAUGAUGUCAUAGAAUAAAAAAAUUGCGAUCUACUGCUUAAGUAUAUGCCAGGAAAGGGUAUUGGCGGCGCAAAAUGGCAUUCUCCAUUUUCAAUUGAAAAAUCGCAGUGGUUUUUGAAGAAGCGACUGUAAAACAGUUUUGUAGUAUGUAGAAUCUGGCGAUACAGGUGAGAUUGUGCCUCAUUUGUAGGAAGCUGCGUGAUUUUUGGACGAUUGUAUGCAUGUUCCCCAAAAAAUAUAUCAAAAGUGGCUUACUGCACGUUUAUGACAAUAUUGUUGUAAAGGGGAAACUAAGUUAGUUUUAGUUGAAUAAAAAAACUACAAACCAGUGUGUAAGUAAAGUACGUAAUGUUUUAGUUAAUUUUGUUUUUCUUUUUUUGAACUGUUGUAUGUAUAAAAUUUUGGUUGUAUCUAUAUAUUAAGUUUUGUUGUUAAGUGGUUAUUUUUUGAGAUUUGUGCCUUCGCGAUAUUUGUAAAAUAAAGAAAAAUUCACC